UCCUGCUUCUGUUUAUGUCUUGUUUCAGGACAGAGGACUAACUUUCACUAAAAAACAUGGCAGUGAGCGCUGUUCACUUGGAGUCCGACGCAUUCCUGGUGUGUAUGAACCACGCACUGAGCACGGAAAAAGAGGAGGUGAUGGGGUUGUGUAUAGGACAGGUGGAAAGCGCCAGAAUAGUCCACAUCCACUCUGUCAUCAUCCUCCGCCGCUCCGACAAGAGGAAGGACCGGGUGGAGAUCUCCCCGGAGCAGCUGUCAGCGGCUUCCACUGAGGCGGAGCGGCUGGCGGACAUGACCGGCAGCCCGAUGCGUGUGGUCGGCUGGUACCACUCUCACCCUCACAUCACUGUGUGGCCCUCCCAUGUAGACGUUCGAACCCAGGCCAUGUACCAGAUGUUGGACCAGUGCUUCGUCGGGCUCAUCUUCUCCUGCUUCAUCGAGGACAAGAACACGAGAACCGGGCGAGUGCUGUACACCUGCUUCCAGUCGGUGCAGGCUCAGAAGGGCUCCGAGUACGAGCGUGUGGAGAUCCCCAUCCACGUAGUGCCGAGGGAAGCCAUCGGUAAGGUGUGUCUGGAGUCUGCCGUAGAGCUGCCCAGGAUCUUGUGUCAAGAGGAGCAAGACACCUACCGUAAGAUCCACAGCUUGGCACAUCUGGACCCAGUCACCAAGAUCCACAACGGCUCCGUGUUCACUAAGAAUCUGUGCAGCCAGAUGUCUGCGGUGAGCGGGCCGCUGCUGCAGUGGUUGGAGGAUCGGCUGGAGCAAAAUCAGCAGAGCAUCGUGGAGUUGCAGCGGGAGAAGGAGAGGUUGCUGCAGGAGCUGACAGCUCUGUGAGCCAGGAGGACAGUCUGGAGACUACAAUCAGUUCCUUUAAAUGACCCUCUGUUCUGCUUGUCUUAGCUUUCUCACUGGUUUCUUAUCUCCCAGACAGGUGUGGGUGUGUGGGUCGAACUUCAAUGCUUUGCUGGUACCAACAGAGACGUGUGUGUAGUUUGGAGUAUGAGAAACUAAAGCACCAAAAGUUGGCAUUAAAUGUCUGGUUAGAUUUGUUGUCCUUGUUAGAGUUGGAGCGGUGCUAUAGCUUCAACUGAUUAUUUUCAUUAUUGAAUAAUCUGCCAAUUAUAAUCUCAGUUAAUUGAAGUCCAGAGAAUGUCCUUGUCAAUUCACAGUUUAGUAAAACAUAACAGCUGCAAAUCAUCACAUUUGAGAGGACUGAACCAGAGAAUUUGUGCUCUUUUGCUUGGAAAAAUAUUUUUUAGUUUUAAUAAAUAACCUGUUUCAGAUUGUCAUGUAGUGUAGAAACUAUCAAGUACCAAACCCUAUUUUGCACAAGCUAUUAUUUUAUGAAAAGAGAAAUGGAUCUCAAUUAUACAGUAUGGUAUUGAAUACUCUCAUAAUACCCAGCCCUUUCCUAGGCUGCUGCUGUUUACUUUCAUUUUAGUGCAGUUUUAAAAUCAACUUGAUUGAAAUCUGUCAUCCAUCAUUCAAUUGAAGAUUAGCAUAGCAGGGGUAAAGAGCUUGAACUGACCAAAAAAAGUGAAUCUGUAACAGUUUGGAAAAUGAUUAUUUUCAAGCAAAAAUGUCCCAGAUUCUCUGGAUCCAGCAUCUGUAACAGGAUGAUUCACUGCUUGUUUCCGUUUUAUGUCAUUUUAAAUUGAAUAUUUUGAGGUUUAAGUUUGAAAACAUCUCUUUGGGCUCUGGCAAACUAAUUUUUUAGAAUAUUUUUAUAGACUAAAUGAUUAAUUAAGAAAAUAUUUGGCAGAUUAUACAAAAUUGAAACAAGUCAUUAUUACAGUGCCAAUGUGGUAAGUAGAGCUGCAACUGAUUAUUUACAUUACUUAAAUAUUAUUUGAUUAUCUUUUAAUUUGGCUGAUUAAAACACAAGGUCUAGAUUCUUGCUUUGGAGUCACAUGUUCAACUGACAUAUAUUAGUGUAAUGUUUGUUUGGGAUACUUUUAGCCACAUAUUGUGCUUUGAUUUGACGAUUAUUUCAUUCUGGUAAAUUUGGUUAUUUUACAUAUGCUGAUGGAAGCUAAUUGUUAACUAGACAGAAAGCUGAUGGUGUAAAACAUUAAGUAAUUCAUGGAAAAUGCAAAAACAUACAACACUACAGCUGGGAACAUGAAGUGGUCAUGAAGAAUCUCCUUCCCUCGGAUAAAAUCACUCCUGAAUCAGAGCCAGCAGAGCCUGCUGAUGGACGAUGUGCCUUUGGACUAAUGAAGGUGUUACUGUAGAUAUUGUAAACUGUAUAUUAAUGGUAGGGGAUGUAAAGUAUGCAUGGGCAGUUGCUAUUUGACUGUUGUCCACCCUGUUUUGUUCAUGCUUUUUUGUUUUGCCUUAUCUCAUCCCAGAUUCAUUCAGCCUGAUGUUGUUUUUCUUUUCCCUUCAGGUGGGAUUUAAAGGAUUCAGUUGUGACUUAAGUCUUAUGUUUGUGUCUACAAUGUCCACCUGCUGUAAAAUAAAACAUAUAUUGAUUAUAAGGUAACUGUUAUCAGGAAUUUAUUGGAGAGGACAUUUGCUGGGUACAGCUUUAAAUGUUUCCCUUUUAAUAUUAUUAUAAGUUUACAGUAAUUUGUUAUUCCCAGCAGUUGGCCUUACCUGACCUCCAUAUAGGCUCUGACAACGUGAUCAAAUGAACAAAUAGCAACAUGAGCAAAUACUACAUUUGUUAGUAAUAUGGCAAGGUAGGCUAUUACUCUAGCAGAGCUAAAUAUGAGUUGGAUGUUAUUUGUGCAAUAAAUGGUGAUUUGGUGGCAACAAGUUAAAAAAAAAAAACAUACCAAAGGAAUGUAAAUGCAGGUUAUCUUCAAAAUAAACACAA